GCAACGAACAUCCCAGCAGGGGUCUAAACUCGGAUGCCUCAACGAACGUGUUUAGAGAUUGGGAACACAGCCCUUGGCACCAGCCUUUCUCCGGUUCCAUGACCGAAUCGACCCUUAGCGGUUGGGCCCGAAGGUCUCUUAUAAGCUCAUGAGAGCUUUCGGACCCAGUUGAACCAAAGAAUCUUGUCUCGACUUGCAGCAAGACCUUUUUCUUUUACGUCAGGCUUUGCCCAGGGAUUCCUCCAGCCAGCCUCUUUGCACAGAACACGGGUCCCCCCUCCCCGACCGCAACUAUUGUUGUUGACAGAUUUCAAGGGUCCCUCCACAUGCCUGUCAAGACCUUUCUCCGCGAGACAUCUGGCUCCGAACAGAUUUUCUGGGACCACUGACAUUCUACUGCCGCAUCGACUUCGAUUGGACGCUGUUAGUCCCUCUCCGAGCGACCUAGCACCCACAUUGUGGUCGAGCGUUAAACAAGGAUAUCCCCGAAUCCCCGUGUCCGAUAUAGUGCGCCUCUGUAUUGUGGGAGGCUUGCUCAGCUGGCAAGACUGCCUUGUGGUCGCUUGCUCCAAGACCAGAGAUGCCUCAUCGCCUAAUAUGCAAAGUACUGGUGAUCUGAUAUCAGAUUUUUGCCGAUGGGGGUCACCUGCAAGCUUCAACGCGACCUCUGUUCAUGGACCUCCUAUUGGGUUCGACGCAGAGCUUCAUUGCCAUCUUCUCCACCUCGGCGAACCUGAAGCAGGUGGCGGCGGCGAAGACAUCCUCCACUAGACAAGAGAUGUACUGCAUUGAGGCCUCAAGCCACUGUGUGCCAUGGUCGCAAAAGUUUGGGUAGGUCAAGUCUAUAAAUCAGUCCUCAGUUUCCCUCAAAGGUUGGUCUCCUCUUCAAACCAAAUAUCUUCUCUGUGCCAGAAGUCCCAGCCAAGGGAAUUCAGAAGUUUUUGCCUCCUCCUGCUGGCUUCCCUCGGGAACAGGGCUCGUAUUUGUCGCUGAGCCACCUGGUCGGGAAGAAGAUCCAUGAUUCCACCUCCUGACCCUUGUCCACCCUAGGGCCGCCUUACUGCUGCUUGAUAGCCUCUUCCUCUUCUGGCGAUCUCAAAGCGAGUGGCCCUUUUGCGUCGUUUGGAGGGGAAAAGUGGCCACUGGCCAGGUGCUCCACUCACAACCUGAUCCAUAUGCAUCAGUUCGAAUCUAUAAAGGUUGACCUUCACCUUCUGUUCUUACACAAUUGCGGCGAAGGUGUCUGCCAGCAAGAGUGCCAGAUACACUGGCCAAUCGCCAGUCGUAUGGUGGAUGAACGCCAUAGAACAGCCGACAGCUUUGACGGACGCCCAGGUUUAGCUUCGAAGCAUUGACCGUGUGAGUCGUUCUGACAGUUCUGAAAAAUGCCUCAGCGACAGGAACGUCAUCGACCUCGUCAUGCAAGCAAAGACGAGCAACCUUAUAUCAUCCUCGUCCAUGAUAUUCCACGCCACUGCCGAUGGCAGGAGCUCAAGGACAUGACUAGAAGUCUGGGAGGAGAACAGAGCUUAAAAGCCGAAGUGUUCACUGUUUCGGAUGGAUCACAGCUGGGACAUUGCACCAUCAAGGGCAGGGCUGACGCCGUCAAGGUCUAUGAAAACCUCUGCACUAAGGGCUGGAAUGGCUAUCGCGUGCGUGUCAAAUUGGUGGCCCAGGAAAAGGACGGGAGUUUGACAAAAAUCGAGGGACCAGAGGAAAGCAAUGGGAUCGUCCCUUCUGAGAGACCGGCUGGGCUCUCGCAUGCGGGCCUACAAGGACCUACCGCGAUAGCACAGCAUUCUGUAAACCCCCUUUUCCCUCCCUCUGCUCUUCCACCACCCUCCAUGAGCUACACAACACAAUAUGCAACAAUGACCUCUUGGACUACUCAACCAGGAGUGCCUUCACUCACUCCCACUCUAGGUCCAACUGCGGCAUCACACUCAUCUGGCGUCGGUCCUCCGCGGCCUUCGUACCUACCACCUUCAAUCCAUGGAAGCACCAUUGCUCCUCCAACCCCGUACAGCACACACUUCCCUAGCGACUCCAGACGACCUCCAUCAUCGCCUACCGCACCUCUUCCUGUCCGUCGUGUCAAUGACGGCAGUAAAAUCUUCAUCUCAGGAUUACCAUAUUACCAAUCCGAGAGUGAACUGCGUGGCCUCCUCAAACGUUAUGGCCACGUUAUCUACCUUGAGAUUCACCCUGACAGCCGUAAUCCUGGGAAGAACAAAGGCACCGCACGAGCACGAUACAAAAGUGCAUCCGAAGCCCUCAGCGCCGUCCGCGACCUUGACGGCAGAUAUCUCUCUAAUCGCAAGAUCAGCGUCAAACAGGAGAAAGAUGAGCCUUCGACGACGACGACGACGACGACGACCAAGAAUUCAAGCUCGGGCUCAUCAAGGAGUGAUUUGCAGGAGACAAAGAAUGGGAGCGGCUCAUCGAAACAAAAGAAGAGCGCGGCAUUCUCUUCCAAGGCUUCCAGCUCAAAGUCCAGACGACGUACCGCUGCACCAGUGAAGGAGCCAGCGAGAGGCCAGUCUCGGGCAAAUAGGCAAAGAUCAAGCUAUAGCAGCGGCUCGACGUCACCCACCGGUCCACUUGUCGUCAAUGGUGCGAGCCGUUCUUCAACUCGACGAGGUAGCUGGGGCGAGGAAUCCACCGAGGAUAGCGAUGACAGCAGUGAUGAUGCUGAAGGCAGUGAUGAGGGUUUUCCGCUGGCGGACGACGACGAUGGGGUAGAAGAGGAGGAGGAGAACGAUGAUGAUGACGACGACAGCGUACAAAAGAUGGGAGGUAUGCAUCGUCGAGGCAGACUCUAAACUUGCUGAAACCUAGCACAUCUCGACACUCCAACGCAUCAGAAAGCAUGUGGUAGCGGUUUGUGGGCUGAUGACCACUGAACCACAUUUUUGUUCUCGACAAGAGACGGAGGAGGAAGACUAUAACUCGACACACCGGACCGGCACGAGGCCUCGGCCUGGCAAGGGACUUUGAUAGCCCACGAGGCCUUUUUAUGUGCCGGUGUUCAUUUCAUGGGGCUUGAUGUUUGCAUUGUUACAGUGUCAGCUUUCCACUGCCGCGUUUCCCCCACUGCGAUCGUUGCUUGCUUGCACCUUGGUGACUUGGCUCACUCAAAAGUUGUUGAUUUUUACUUUGCUGCAAAAGUCUUUUUGUUCAGGAAACCCUUCACUCAGCACCGUUUGAAGUGCGAGGGAAAGCCCAACCGCGGCUUUGUUGUCUGCUACACUCGAACUAGUAUGUACUUAUUUAGGCUACUUCUAUAGUUGCUCGCGAAAAUGAAAAAAUCAUAUACUAUGAGAUAA